CUUUACAACUUGGUUUCUUUUUUCUUUUCUUUUUUUUUUUUUUUCCAAACAAUGGCGAUCGUGAUCGAUUUAAAGAUACCGGCGACGGUUUUUCAAGUUUGGAUCCGCUUCAGGCCGUAAUUUCCUCUGCUCCACCUACCAACGAUUACCAUCAAAAUCAGCCCUCAGCUACUCUCUUUAAUGAAUCGCUUGAACAGAGAGGCCACUUAGAUUAAUUGCUGAAAGAUUCAGUUGCUGCGCCAGACUGUGAAUUCGUACCACUGGAAUCAGAUGGGAUCUAGAGAUGAGGUCGUGGAAAUUGAUAGCUUGGAGAGAGGUUUGUUAUCGUCUGGUGCUUCUCAAGAAGAGAACGGAACCGAAAACGAGGCAGUUCUUUACGCGGCAUCUUUUCAGGAUAUGGAAGAAAAUUUUGUCAAGUAUCAAACAGCUCAAUGGGUUUUAUACUCGCUGCUUCUAAUGCUGGCUUGGGGAAUUGGGUUGUUCAUGUUGUUAUAUCUGCCAGUGCGGAGAUAUAUACUCCGCAAAGACAUUCGUUCAAGGAAGCUCUAUCUUACUCAACAUGCCAUUGUCUAUAAAGUCACCAGGCCAGUGCCAUUUCCUUGUUUUGGGGUAUUAAAAAAAGAGAAGCACAUUGUGUUGCCCUCUGUUGCUGAUGUUGUAAUUGAACAAGGAUAUUUGCAGUCUCUUUUUGGUGUCUACUCUCUGAGGAUUGAGAAUCUUGGUGUAAGAAAGCGACCAAGUGAUGAUGUCCUAAUCCAAGGCGUCACAGAUCCAAGUGCUUUCAGGAAGGCUGUUGUAACACAACUUUCAAGUAUGAGGACCGAAGCUUUCUCUAGGCAAAUUUCCACAAUUCAGGAAUCUCCAAAUUUGAGGAUGUCUCCGUCAAAAUCUACGAGGCAUGAUUGUCUUGGUCAUUCAGGGGAUCUAUUGCUGCUACAAAAGCUAGAAGAGGUUGGAAGUUCUGUGAAGAAAGUCCAGACUUUAAUUGAGGAACAAAUUUGUCAGACAUCAGAAUCCUAAAUCUGAGUUUUGAUACGGAGUUUUGAUGCAGGAGGAGUAUGUGUACAGCCUUGAAACCAUUUAUUUAGAUUUAGCAAUUGUCAGCUAGCGCAUGUGUUUUCUCCUGGUUGCCAUUCUAGGAGUUGCGUCUGUCCUCAGUCCAAUCAUGCAAUGCUGGACUACAGUAAUCUGUUGUUUAACCAUUAUCAACUUGGUUAUGUUUCUAAUUGUCCGUCUCAGUCCUCAUAAUUUUGUUGUUUUUGUUUUCCUUGUAGACCAGUUUGGUGACUGCGUUUGUAUUUUCAGAUUGAUGAAUCUUAUGUUUGUUUAUGUAUAAACAUAUGUAAUUCAGUAUUUUUCCAUUUUGUUGCCAAGGAAAAGAAUCAGAGGAGCUAAAUCCUUAAAUGA